AUGUCGCUUGGUGCCCUCCCCUUGCGGGAAAAGGGUGCAACAUCGACAGUCACAGAUAUCCAGACACCACCGGAAAGUCCCAAAGCCUAUGGCGAACUUGAAUACAACACUGGUGCCGUCCAUCCACAACUCAGAAGGCUGUCCUCCUGCCACGGCCAUUCAUCCCACUACUGCACAAAGUGCCACAUGCGUCGACCAUCUCAAGAACACCUAGCCACCGCCCGGUCGAACAGUCACAGUCCCGACGACGAGUCCUGGGACGGCUUCUGCCCGGAUAUCCACAUGCCAGAGCACGCCGCCGCCCGGCCGGCCCAUCACACGAGACGGCAUUCGGGCCUGUGUCCCCAAGAUCUGAUCACUGCCAAAACUCAUCAAGACGGCCGCACGUCGCCACCCACCCAAAUGACCAUCAAAUCUCGCCCUUGUCAUCACACUGCAUCUGGCUAUCACCAUGACUGCCACUGUGAGAGAGUCACUCCGGUCGAAAAUCUGAGCGAGAGGUUCGGUCUGGUCGAGGAGCCCGAGGAAAUCGUGCAACUGAGACGGAGUCUCGAGAUGGAAGCCGCCGAUCAAAUGACCGAGAUCAUGCACGAAGAGUUGGUGGCUGAUCUGCAAGCCCGACAGAUGAGAAUGUGA